AUGGCCAGGUCUGAUGAGGGAAAGAAUUGCGUAUGUAUGCUGAUUCGAAGGGUGCCUCUCCUCCUGGCAGCUUGCGCGCUAAUAUCCCUUGGUUCUUUGGAUGUUUUGUGCUUGGAACUUGUUCCUUCUCAUGUGUUGGAGCCUUCUAGCAGCUCUGCAUAUGUGGACAUCUUGCUCCCUUCGUGGCUUCUGUUUUUUCAGGAAGGGGCUAUGGCUUUUGCUGCUUCUCAUUUCUAA